AUGUCGAGCAACAACGCCAACGGAGAAAUGGAUGCUAGGGAACUUGGCAACAAUCAGUUUAAGAAGCGACAGUUCACGAAAGCCGCUGCUCUAAACCCGAAUGAUUAUCGCCCCUUGCUGAACAUCUCUGCCGUCCACUACGAGCUCGGCAACUACACCAAAGUGAUCGAGGACGUACGCCAAGCACUCUCCCUGAUACCAGUAGCCAAUAAUAGCGCAAUGUCAAAGGCAAUUCUGCGUGCAUCCAAGGCGCAUGUCCAUCUCAAGCAGUACGACCAAGCGAACGAGCUCCUGGAGAGGUUGGGCGAGUCGACUUCGAAGGCCGAGAUAGAACGAUGUGUUACGCUAGGUCGAGAGUCUGAGGCCGCAAAAAUAUUCGGAUUAGGCGUCAGAAAUCUACCGCACUACAAGCCCGCUAUCGCGAUCGCUCCUGAUUACUUCAACGUGGGCAACGAUGACGCUAUGACGCUAUUUGAUCAUCUUCUCAUAUCGAAUACGUCGGCUUCCGAGACCAUCACUUACUUCUUCGGAGGCAUUGGCGAUGCUAGACAUCUUUUUCAGACGAUCCGGAUGAUCUGGACUUUCGAGAGUGAGAGCGUCAACAAAGGGCGGGUGCUGAACCAGUGGGCUGAGAUGAAGAGGUGCAAUUACCAUUUCACGGUGAACGACAUCAAUGGCUGCGCAUUAGCUCGUCAUCUCCUUGUUUUACUUCUACUCGAAGAAAUCGCAGAUGCUGUGGGUAACACAGCGCCGGACCAAGUCAACAAGCCUCCUGUCGCCUUGGUUACACUAUUCUUCCUGUAUGUCGGCUACGUCAUGCCCGCCCAGAACUACGAAUGCCUACAACUGACUAUCAGCCGUGCCCUGCAAGUUUUGGCUGGAGAUGCAACACUGCCAGGCUUUCUGUUUGUGUACGAAUAUGGGCGCGAGUCCAUUAUUACCGCUCUUCAACAAUGGCAGAAAGCAGCGGCGGAUGCUUUUCCCGUCCAUAACCUCGUCUCCCAAGCGAAGGCUACCAUACAGCGUUGGAAGGAAACGGUUCAGAAGACCGACGUUGCGGGUAUGGCUUCAGAAGGAUGCCACGAAGAGCUCCAGUAUUGGAUCGUUUCCGGUUUGCUAUCACCACCUGAUGACGAGAUACCGCGCGCCCUCAGAAAGCUUCUCAAGAUGCUCAUGCGUGGCCAGGGUGCAAUGAAACUGAAGCACUACAUCGAACAGAACUGGAAGCCUAACGUAACGCUUGCAGAUAUGACCAACUUGAACGAAAUACAACAAGAUGUCUUCGCGGUUCAUAAUCCGUUCCGGCUCGCUAGCAUGCCAUACGCAUGCAUAAGGAUUGGUAACGACCCAGAAAACCCUCAAAAUCUAUACGACUACCUGGCACCGUUCUUUGUUCAUACCGCGCAGGCAGUGCGUGGUCUAGCCGGUCGUCUACAUGUCGAAAUGAUGACAGGUGACGUAACAGUGGCACUCGGAAGAAUCACGAAGCAGGAUGUCAAAGAUCGACCCAAUCACUUUCCUCAGCGCUACGAUCGUAUACAUCUUAGUAAUAUUCCAGACUAUGUGGGUGGGUCCCUUUUUACUUACAUUCACGUCCUACCACUGCUGAAGGAUAAGCCAUCUUCUUUCGCUUUGGCAAACAAUUGCCGUAACCACACUGCAUUCCGUUCGGUAGAAGCGUUUAAUAGUGAGUAUACUACGGUCCACACGGAUCGUGAUCUUGCGAACUUCUUAGGUGCGAAGACUAUCUCACUCAACAAGAUCGACGGUAUCCUCCUUCGAACUGUUGAGGGAAGCAAUGACCCAAUGCAUCUUUAUCACGCGUAUCAGCGCACUCAAGGUGAUCUCAGUUUACGUUCAGAAGUCGAGCAUUGGCUGUACGCUAUGCUUCUCAAGAUUGCACUCCCUGCUUCUGUAUCUGAGAUGGACAGCUACAUAUACGCGCCACUCAAUCUCACCAUCUUCUUUCGUCUUAUCGUCAGAUUGCAUGAACUUGGGUAUCCAGCACAUUGGCUGUCCGAGAUCAUAUCAUCCAUCUUGAGCAACAAGGUACGCACAACAGCAAGAUUCCCGCGCACCUCGCCCUUGACAGUUGAGGAGAGCAAUCGAAAGCAUUCCCGUAUGCACAUCGACAUUGCGCCUUUCAUUCCGGAGUUCAGCGCUCUUACAGCGAUGUGGAUGUACGAGCUACCCUUUGGCAUCGCUGCACCGCUCUCUAUACACAAGCUUUCAAGUAUCAAGCGCUACACUAUACGCUUCACCGAAGUCACACAUCUGGAGAAGAAUCAUCAGCCAAGCAUACCUGCUCUUACUAUUCUCUUCACUCAACUCGAUGCUCGAUUAGCGGCAGUGGAUGUGGCCACACGUAUACCGGACUUCACGCUUCGAAAGGCUCUGAUGGCGGGCGACCAAGGCUACCAAGACGACGUGUUUGUAAAAUUACGUCAGAAGAGCGUAGUAAUCACUACCUGGGUCUGGAACAGAGAGAAGAAGACAGCUGAUUUCUGGUUUGAUGCUGUGAUGAUGGACAGAAUGCUGGCUGAGCGGCCCGCAUGGAGUGUCAACAUCUUGCGAAUGGAUUACUGGACGGAGGCUACCGUUAACGAUGUCUUAAACUUGUUGGUAAGUACAGGAGAGAGUUGGGAGAUGGUUCAAGGCUGA